GUUCAAGGCUAUUGCCCGAUUCAAGAGGGGUCUUAGGAAUUCUAUUGUGCAUUCUGCUGCAGUCUCACCCACUUCUGACAUUUUGCCCGAGAGUGAAAGGAUGCAAGAUGCAGACGAAAGUCCUGACAACAACGAGCAAAUUCUCACGCCUUUAGAAGGAACUAAGAGCCAUCAUGAACAGACACCAAGUGGUUCAUUGGAGAGGAUGUUGAAUCGUGUCAAUCUCGAAAAUACUUUCAAUACGGAAAAGAGUGACGAGAACAAGCCAAAGACUGAAGCAACAACAAGAGUUGAUUUGUGUUUAGGGUUUAAAAACUUUGAGCAGGAAAACCCAACAUUGGUUGCAACUCAGGCAAGCCAAACCAAGAGUUCACACGAAGUAGCAGAGACAAAAGAUGAGUCAGAAGAAGUAUCUUUGGAAGAACACAAUAGCACGCAAAAGGGACCAGUAGAACCAGAAGGGUACCAGGUGUGCGAUAUGGAGACUGGAUUGUGCUAUUGGGUGCCCGCAAACAAGGUCAAAUUUGAGCCAGAUAAUGCUACGCAAGAGAAAGCCAAGCAGGAAGAUGUGUCCAAAGAAGGAAUCUACGACACACGUCCUUCAGAGACAUCAGAGCAACUGCAACCGCAAACACAACUAGAACCAGUGCCAGCUAUCGGGAUAGCUGAUGUACCAGCGAUAGUGACCGCAAGCACUACAGAAUUCGAUCCAGAGCCUCAAGAGCUCGAUUCCCAUCAAUAUGAUCAGCCUCAUGUUAAAAUGACUUCAAAGCAUUCUGUAGACGACGACAAUACCAACAGUACUGACAUAGAACCAUCUUCUAGCGCCUCUGCAUCAGUACGAUCUCUGAAUCCAGGUCCACGGUUGGUAGGGAAGCUCUCACCUGAACGCUUGGCGAUGUUUGAAAAGAACAAAUAGGAUAGAGAAAUGUGUAGUUUAAGUAUCGAUUAUAAAAACGUGUAACUGGGGGUUUGAAUGGCUUAUUUUAUUUAUUAUCAAUGCCAAUUUUUAUCUUGAUGAAAAAAAAAAAGCUGCGGCCGGCCAUCAAUAGAUUAAAUAUGUAAUGC